CCUCAGGGGCGAUCGCGGACCCGCUUUGUUGAUUGGCCUCGACCUCACCGCUUGCGUGUCCCGCUCCCCUGCGGCGGCGGUGAGUUGUGACAGGCCGCCGUGGGCUGUUGAUGAGCUGCCCUCCACUUCCCCUCCACGUUGCCUUUUUAAAAGCUCCUGGAACCCCUGAUCACUCGAGACUCUCUCUCUCUGCAAUAUCUCCUUACAACCCACUAUCUUUCCCUGUACUUGCAGCAUACAUUUCAUCUUUCUAUCCUUGCUAAAAUGGCUACCUGGUUUGACGGCAUCAAGUCCUUCGCGGACGUUCCCAUCACGGCCAACGGCAUUUCGACCCAGGAGUUCCUCGAGGCUGCUGAGUCUCUGACCACCUUGUUCGAUGUCAUGCAAUCCAAGGCUUUCGGCGUCGUCAAGUCUGAUCUUACUGGCAACAUCAAGAAAGUUAGAGACAGGUUCGUGGCAGCUCCUGCUGAGUCCCAGACUCUCCAGGAGCUUGUCAUCAACGAGCUGAAGACCGGCAAGCACACCGCCACUGAGGGCCUCCUCUGGCUUGUUAGGGGUCUUGAAUUCACCGCCAAGGGUCUCCGUCACAACAUCGACAACCCUUCCACCGAGCUCGCCGACUCCUUCCGCAACGCCUACGGUGACACUCUCAAGCCCCACCACUCCUUCGUUGUCAAGCCCCUCUUCUCCGCUGCCAUGUCUGCCUGCCCUUACCGCAAGGACUUCUACGCCAGAUUGGGCGAGGAUCAGGGUAAGGUGCAGGACGGUCUGAACCGUGAGGUCCCGGCUCUCGAGGAGCGGGUUAGAAUCCUGAAGGAGUUCCUGAGCAGCCCCCAGGCCAAGUGGUAAAUAUCCU